UUUUUAGAUAACGCUACGCCGUCAAGUGUCAUGAGAGUUGUCAAUUGUCACAUUGACGUAUUUUUGUUUUUAUCUGAGGAUUUGCACUUUUUCACACAUAAUAUUAUUGCUAAGCUUUAUAUUAGCAUUGAAUGUAAAAGAUGGCAGGAACGUAUUACUUUGUGAUUGUCGGACAUUCAGACAACCCAAUUUUUGAGAUGGAUUUCAUUCCAGUUACUAAGGAGGUUAAGAAGGAGGACAACAGGCACUUGAAUCAAUUUAUAGCUCAUGCCGCACUGGACCUAGUGGAUGAGCACAUGUGGAAGGUGACCAAUACUUACCUGAAAUCAGUUGACAAGUUCAACCAGUGGUUUGUGUCUGCAUUUGUGACUGCUAGUCAAAUGAGAUUCAUAAUAGUACAUGAUGCUAGGAAUGAGGAUGGAAUUAAAAAUUUCUUCACAGACGUGUAUGAGGCAUACAUUAAGCUGAUGCUCAAUCCUUUCUAUAAGGAAAAUACCCAGAUCACACUUCCAGCAUUUGAGAAAAAAGUACAAUUCUUAGGGAAGAAAUAUUUGACAUAAUACUGUGAUACUUAUAGAUUUAGGGAUAAAUAAUAUAAAUGAUAAUUAUGAAUAACUUUUUUAUAAGUUGCAAGAUCAUGAAAUAGUAUUAUUUAUGUAAUCUAUCAAAUACCACCACACCACAUCUCCCACUGUUUUUUUACUUACAGCCUACAACUUUUUUUUUUUGUAUUUUAAUAACAAGCAAGUUCAAAAUAUUCAAAAAUAUCCAUGUUAUGGAAUGUAUCUUUGCAUUAUGUAUGAGAGUUUGGUUAAAUGUAUGCCCUAUAAUUAUAAGUUACUCCUUAAAGAUGUGAACAUUAUUUAAUAUGGUGUAUAUAAUAAAAUAACUAUAAUUUG